CAAAGGUAUAACAAUUUAUUUCUGAGAUUAUUGGUCGAAUUUGAUCCUUUCAAUUUGUAAUUUUCUAAUCUAGGAUCUAUCUAAGUUCAAACUGCAAAUAAAGAUUAACACAGAAUAGUUUGUAUAUCUAAAAAAUAACAAUUGUAAUUUUUUCACUACUAUGCAUCGACCGCUUGUUAGGCUGGUUAAAAAACUCUUUCUAGAAAAACAAGCCUUCAGAAAUAAAGUUGUUAAGCCCGCUUCAUUCCUGAAACCGGCAGAUAAAAUAAAGCAAUAUAAUAAAGAAAAUAAAGAACUGUUUGGACCACUAUUGGAGACGAAUAAGCAAAAAAAAAGUAGAUUGAAGAAGGAAGCUAAAAAUAGACCACAUCAAAACAACGGAGAGACAGCAUCGAAUGAAAGUACGCAAAAGUUUAUCGAUGUUACAAGCCACAAUGCUGCAGUGAGUCGAAGCCUACACGAUAAUAAGCUUAACAGUGUAAUAAGGAGUGUUAAAAUAUUAGAACACAACAUGUGGCAAAAAACGAGAACUUGUUAUAAUCUAGUGGCAGUUUUGUUCAACGGUACACCAGUCCGGGGUAUAAGAACAGCUGCAAUCAAUAAUGCAACGAGCAGUUCUGCAGCCCAGCCAGGGUAUGCGAGUGAGGACAAAAUACUUCAAAUAAAACAACACCAAAAUGAUUACACACAGCAGUAUCCGUCUGUUACAUUAAUAUUAAACAAAACUAUGACAGAAGAGUCUAGGAAGUUAUUAGAAAAGUGGAAGAAGGAAAGAAUAGAGGAAAUGGGCUUGGAGGAAUUUAACAGGUUUUACCAAGCUCAACUAGCCGCCGGUACUAAGUUCCACAAUACCCUCAAAACAUACUUCACUCAACCAAGAUCACAGCUACGUAUAGAGAAAGACGUUGAAGGGGUCUGGACGUCCGUCGCGGAGGUAUUGAAAAGUAUAUCUUCGCCGAAGGCAAUUGAAUCAAAUGUAAUACACCCAGUCCUGAAGUACAGGGGGAUAUUUGAUGCUAUCGCUGAUUAUGAAGAAAAACCAACUUUAAUCGAAUGGAAGAAAUCGGAUAAGCCACGCAAGUCUAUAACAAUGACAUACGACAAUCCUGUCCAACUGGCCGCUUACUUCGGAGCAGUAAGCAAUGACCUUAACUACAAACAUUUUAAUGUGCGCGAUGCUUUACUGGUCAUAGCUUACACUGAUGGCUCCAAAGCAGAGGUAUUCCACUUACCAACAGACAAACUCAGAGAACAUUGGGCCCAAUGGUUAAUUAGGCUUGAAGAAUAUAUGGAUAAAUUCAACAAUGCUUCGGAGAAGAAAUUAGAAGGUGGUAAACGGUUAUUCGAGGAGGAAAUCGGGAAUCUCUAAUAAAUUCAGAGACAGUUCAUCAUGGAUCUUAUCUACAUUAUAAUCGUUCAAAUACCUUGCAAUCGGAGUCUCGUUGGAUUGAAAAAUAAUUUGGAAAUGUCAGACAGGUGUUGCAAUAUAAAAACAGCGCAACCGUAUGGAAACACUUAAAAAAAAAGAUGGUUGAUGAUUUCAGAAUAAAAUAAAGUUUAAUAACA